CCUAAUAACUCAAGAACGACUUCAAAAGAUAAAGAGACCUGGAGAUGUCGGGAGUGUGGGUGUUCAAGAAUGGCGUCAUUCGGCUAGUGGAGAAUCCCGGAGCUGAUGAGACGAACAUCGUGAAGGCAAAGCGAAAGGUUCUGGUAUACACUCCAAGCAACGAGGUCAUAACUUCUUACUCACAUCUCCAGCAACAUCUCUACGCACUUGGCUGGGAACGUUACUACGGGGAGCCUAACCUUCUUCAGUUCCACAAAGCAUCCACCGUUCAUCUCAUCUCACUCCCUACUGAUUUCUCCAGGUUUAAGACGAUGCACAUGUACGACAUCGUCGUCAAGAAUCGCAACAUGUUCCAAGUCAGGGACAUGUAGGCAUAUUUUGGCUGUACAAUAUUUUCAGGCUCUUGACGCAAGAUGGGUUGUGUGUGUGUGUGUGUGUGUGUGUCUCACAUGGUUUGGGUUGGUAUGUGCUAUAUAUGUUUCUUGUGAAGCUAACUUUGUAUUUGAAUGUUUGAUGUUGUAUGUACUAUUCUGGAAAUAUUAAUGUAUGUUAUUAAGUUUAGUCUAA